AUGGAUAAUAAUGAUAGAGGUGUAAAGAUGACGAAUAGACUAUCAGAUCAUCAUAAUCAAGGUGUUGGCGUACCUACAAUUGAUAAGCAACAACAUCAACAACAACAUAUAGUACCUCAUGAUACACCUGGCAGCGCACCGGGUGGUGUGGCAAACAGCACUACAGCCGCAGCCGGCAGUAGUAUACUGCACGUAGCGUCAGGGCCGCUCACACCAGACAAAUCGAUUCAGGACUCGUCAAGGGUCAACAGCAACGGCGCUCCAUUGACCACGAGUCAGCAGCAAGCACUACAGUCACAGCUACAACUAUCAAACUCAUUCAAACAAUCACCACGUAACAGUGCUGUACAGAUACCUCAACAACAACAACAGACAACUCUUGUCGCAGAUCACGUCAAGAGCACAUUAAAGACAUCGAACAACUCAAACAACAACAAUCAAUGUAAUACUAUAAACACAUCAACAUCACAACUACAGGUACAACCUCAACAGACAACAACGACGACCACGACAACGCAACAAGUUCAAUCUCAACUCAAUACAACAGUAAAUGCAUAUGACAACCAGCCUGCGGGCGCACCGGCCAAGUCAGCAGCAGCCGGCGAGCAGCAGAAGCGAGCGACGACCAGCGCACUUAAUCCAUUCCCAGGCGCCGACUCGAUACUGCGCAACGGCAUCUGGUACACAGAGUCGGAGCUGGCCGAGGAGAACUUUGUCUGGAAUCCCAAGUACUGGACGAUCGAUCGCAUUGGCAAAUGGGUAGAUGACAUUGAAUUCUCACAACCAGACAGUGGUGGUAACAGUAGCAACACAAAUGUCGCAAGCAACAGCAACAGCAUCAGUAACAGUAUUAGUAGUAGUACUGGAGGUGGUGGCAGUGGACUUGUGUCAAACAAUCAAUCAACAACAACUACUACUACAGUGAUAGCAGCAACAGCAGCACCAUCAUCAACAACAACACUUACAACAAGCACACAUAGCAACAACAAUAUAACAAACAAUAAUUCAUCACUAUUAGGAAAUGUAAUACAACAUCAACAACAGACGACAAGUUAG